AUGAAAGGAUUUCUGUCAGCUCUUGCCUUGGCAACUUGCUAUGGCAAAUUCUCUGCAUCUCCUCUUUUAAUAGAAGAACGGCAGUCCACUGGCACUGGAACAGGUUCCUAUGCACCAGCCGGUUAUACACAAGAUCCAACUCUUACCGGCCACACAAUCUUUGCACCUAAGAAAGUACCGGCCGGGACCAAGCUUCCCGUGCUCCUCUGGGGCGAAGGCGGUUGUUCUGCAGACUCUCUUCAGUCGGCACCAUUCCUCAUCCAACUCGCCUCCCACGGAGUUCUAGUCAUUGCAUCAGGCACGCCAAAGGGUAGCGGCAGCACAACUGCAGCUCUCAUGACUGCAGGAACGGACUGGAUUAAGAGCAGAGCUGGAACAGGCAACUACGCCAAUGUUGAUGCGUCACGGAUCAUCGCUGCUGGAUGGAGCUGCGGCGGCAUUGAGGCCUAUGCCCAGUACUGGGAUUCCAGAGUCGACUCGAUUGGAAUUUGGAGCUCGGGACUGCUGACAAAUUAUACGAUGGCGAGUUUGCUCAAGAAGCCAAUGUUCUACUUCCUGGGAGGGUCCUCAGACAUUGCAUAUGCAAAUGGCGAACGUGAUUACAAGGCCAUUCCAGCAGGGACCCCGAAGUGGAAAGGGAAUCUUCCCGUAGGACACGGAGGCACCUAUACACAGACCAAUGGUGGAAAGUUUGGGAUUGCAGGAGGUUAUUGGGUCGAUUGGUUAUUGAGGGGUAAUGCUUCUGCGUCGAGCUAUUUUACAGGCUCUAGAGCCAAAAAUGAUGGCUGGUCAGUAGAGUUUUCUAACUUAGACAAAAUCGCAGUAACGCCUAUCUAA